AUGCCGCCAGACAGCGACACUAUCGAAGUCUAUAUACCAGCCUUCAGCCCAGACCCAAACUACCAAAUAGCUGAUGAAAUGGAGCUAGAGGGAGAACAAAGCCCCCUAGCUACACCAACCAACCAACCUACCCAGCCGAUCUCCUUCGAGAUCCCAAUCCAACUAAACAAGCGACAAGCCAACUUCUCACCCGAGAUAGCCUACAGAACUAGGAACCCCUUCCAAAAUAAUAAUGCAGCUAAACCAGUUGCUAAAAAUGCGGAACAAGCUAUCUACUGGGCAAGAGACCUAAUCCUCCAAGCAUCUACAAUGGCUCAAACCCAUAUCUCCCAAAACAAGAUCCUAGAGCUCCUAGACGUCUUUAGAGACUACACAGAAACAGGAAGAGUCACAAAUAAGAUCAACGACAAACUAUCAGCUCAGCUAGCCUACCAUACUGCAACUCUUACAACAGCGUCACAACAAGCUACAAAAACGCUCAAAAAGGCUGUUAACGCAGCUACAACUCCAAACAACCUACCUACCCAAACUCAACAGGAUCUAAUAAGCAAUAAUCAAAACAACCAACAAAACAGCCAACAAAACAGCCAACAAAACAUCCAGCAAAAUAGAACCUCCAAGGAAGAAACCAAACAAGAAGCCCACUAG